AAAUACCAAAUGAAAAACUCUGUCAUCGUCAUCGUUCAUUGUCUUUUCAUUAAUUGCUUGAAAAAGUAGAAAAAGGCCGGAUUAACUUUUAUACGGGUAGAAAAAUUAAGUUUCAAACAUUAUUGGCGGAAACACAUGCCAGUAGCAACUGCCUUGCACACCCAUAUACACGUACUGUGCAAUACUGCGAUAGUUUAACAUCACCAACAGCAACAACAAUAACAACCUAAAAACCAAACACUGCCCCGAAUUCGUGAAUCACCAAACGAAAGAAUGGAACAAACACAGAUUACAGAUGCGGAAAAGGUUCGCAUUGUCUCCGAGUUCAUACUGCAUGCGCCGCCCGGUGAAUUCAAUGAGGUAUUCAACGAUGUCCGCGAGCUACUGAAGAACGAUUCCUUGCUGAAGGAUGGCGCCAGCCACGCCUUCUCCCAAUACAACAAGGACCAACUAACGCCCGUGCGGGUCGAGGGCAGUGAACACAAUGCGAUCAUCUCCGAGUAUAAUGAUUUGGGGAAUGGUCGCUUCUUUGAUCCUCGCACAAAGCAAUCGUUUAAGUACGAUCACCUACGGAAAGAGGCUUCCGACUACCAGGAUCUGAAGGUAGAUGCCAAUGCAGAAUCGUGGCGAGCUGCUCUUGAUCUAGCUGCCUUAGCAUAUACCGCCAACCACUAUAGGCACGGCGUGUGCUCAGUGUUUGGAAAGUCUCAGGGAAAUCAAAUAACUCUGACCAUUUGCAUUGAGGAUCAUCAGUUCCAGCCGAAGAACUAUUGGAAUGGCAGAUGGCGUUCGCAGUGGCACGUUAGCUUCCAACCUGGGUGCGGCCUGGCGGAACUGAAGGGCGUGCUGAAGGUGCAGGUGCACUACUAUGAAGAUGGCAAUGUUCAACUGGUGUCAUCGAAGGAUUGCCGCGAGAGCGUUGUUGUCUCCAAUGAACAGCAGUUGGCCAACGAGGUCAUUCGCCUGAUUGAGGAGGCGGAGAACGAGUAUCAGCUGGCCAUCUCGGAGAACUAUCAAACUAUGUCGGACACCACAUUCAAGGCGAUGCGGCGACAGCUGCCCAUAACCAAAACCAAGAUUGACUGGAGCAAAAUCGUAUCGUACAGUAUUGGUAAAGAGCUAAAGACGCAAUAAGAACAGGAGCAGCAAGCGGAAGCCGGUGGCACGCCAAUAUCCCCGUUGCCCAUGGCAGUGCCGGCGCAGUCGCAGAUCAAGAGACCCAACAGUCUUCCACUUGCAAUGGCCAAGCGAGAGUAGUGAACGGAGCAGAAACGGAGAUCGCAGCCAGAACCAUAUAUAUACACUAUCUAUUUACGAUCGUUAAAUGUUGGCGCUUAUGUAAUAACUGUCUUUAAUUUGCUUAUCCUUUACACAACACAACACAUGCAUCAAUACUUAACUACUACAUCUACAUACAUAUACGUGCACAGUGCAUACAUUUCUUAUCUGUUAUAUUACGAUGAAAGUGGAUAUGUAUAUAUAUAUAUAUAAACGAAACAUACACCAACACACUCACACACAAUACGCAUACUAUGUGCACAUAUUCGUGUAUGUGCAACACAAUGUAUCAAAUCAAUUAAACUUGGAUGAUUGUCCUCAGCUCGAACCUGGAUCAUAGUCACAAUCGCCACCAACAGUCGCCUUUAUCGUUUAAUUAAGCGCGUGUUUUUAAUUCUAAUAAUAAUAAUAAUGAUAAUAAUAAUAGAAUGCAUGUACUUUCAAUAAUGUAUUAUAAAUUUAUAAGAGCAUCGGUCCAUUUAUGUAUGUAACCCUUGUCUCUCUAUCUCUCACUGAAGCUGGCAUCAGUUAGAUCUUAAGCGACAGCACCUUGCAAGCAAACAGUAACAGUAUAAACGAUUUAUAUACAAUCUUUUUUAAAAAACGAACAAUAAUUCUAUGCAUUCAAUAAACACACCUACGCAAUUGCAAG